GACGGGUGGAUGGCGGGGAAGCCAUGUUUGAUUCAUUCUCCGGCAGCUCCGUGCUGGGGCGAUGGAGACGGCGCUGAGGGCGAGGCGCUCGUUCCCCGCCGCUGAUGCUGCAAGCCGGGGUUGCGCUCGCGGGCUCAGCUUGAAGGGACGGGAAGGGAGCGCGGCCGGGCGGGCGGGAGCAAUCGCGGACCGCCGGACCAGGGCCGGGCGGCAUCCCUCCCUUGUGUGCACGCCGCCCGGGGAGAGCGGCGGCACGCCAGCCGCCCCCCUCUCGUCCUGUGAAGCAGCCCGGCCGCUCCUGUGCCGAGGGAAGAGUCUCCGGCUGUUAUCUGUUUAGGCGGAACCGCUCGCGUUCGUGAGUAUAAAACUGGAAAUAUCUUUGGCUGAAUGGAUUUCAAAAGUAGCUCUCUGCUGUUAACUAAAAAGAGUGUCAAUCACAUAAAAAUGAAGCAAGUACCAGAGAUCCUUGGAAGUCCAGCAGGGAAAACACAGAAUUGUGAAGUGAACCGUGAGUGUUCUGUCUACUUGGGGAAAACACAUCUUCCUGCUGCACUACAGGAGGAUGUUGUGCCGAAAUAUAACGGCCAUGAGGCUCUCCCAUUUAUCCCAGCAGAGAAGCUGAAAGAUCUCACUUCUCGUGUGUUUAAUGGAGAAUCAGGAGCCCAAGAUACCAAGCUGCGUUUUGAGUCACAGGAUAUAAAAGAAGCUGGGACACCACCUAACACUACUCCUUCCAAGAAUGGCUCUCCAGAAAUUAAACUGAAAAUCACUAAAACAUACAUGAACGGAAAGCCUCUGUUUGAGUCUUCAAUAUGUGGUGACAAUGGAAUAGAGGUUUCUCCAGCUGAGGAAAACCAGCAAAAGACAGCAAGUAAGGAGAGGAGAAACAGAAAAAGAAGCAUCAAGUAUGACUCAGUACUUGAACAGGGUUUUGGUGGAGCAACAUUAGUCCCAAAGACAAGUAGUUCCUCUGGCAAGAAGAUUCCAUCUGAGGAAGAUUCUAGUCCUGUCACUGGAAAAGAUGACAGAAUUCAUCUGUUGAAGUACAGUGUGGGAGCAUUGGUGUGGUCCAAAGUAUCCGGCUAUCCAUGGUGGCCGUGUAUGGUUACAACAGAUCCUCUCCUUCAUAACUUCACUAAAAUAAAUGGUCAGAAGAAGAGUUUUCGUCAGUAUCAUGUACAGUUUUUUGGAGAUGCCCCGGAACGAGCUUGGGUAUUUGAGAAAAGCCUUGUGUCAUUCAAAGGAGAAGAGCAGUUUGAGCAGUUAUGCCAGGAAAGUGCAAAGCAUUCCCUUACCAAAGCAGAGAAAAUAAAGAUGUUAAAACCUGUUUCAGGAAAACUACGUCCUCAGUGGGAAAUGGGUGUUAAGCAAGCAAAAGAUGCAUUAUCUUUGACUAUGGAAGAACGGAAAGCCAAGUAUACCUUCUUUUAUAUUCGGGGCAGACCUGUUCUUAAUCCUCAGGUGGCAAAGGAAGCAGGUCUUGUUGUCAAGUCACUGGAGGAAAUGGAUAAAAUUUACACAGAUGAAGACAUUUCCCAGUCUUUGAAAUCAAGGAAAGAAUCUGAAGUACCUACCAAGAGAAGGAGAACAAAAAUGCCUGCAGCUAAUGAAUCUCAAGAAGACAUUAAGCCUAUUAAGAAUGUCAGCCCUGAUAAAAUCCUUGAAGAAACUAAAAGAGGCACGGGGUCACCUCUUGGUAGGAAAAAAGCAGUUACAUACACUCCACGAAACAGGAAGGGAGAUGCAGUGUCUCAGUUCUUGGUUUUUUGUCAGAAGCACAGAGAUGAGGUGAUUGCUGAACAUCAAGAUGCCUCAAGUGAUGAAAUCGAAGAGCUGCUGGAAUCACAGUGGAAUAUGCUUAGUGAAAAACAGAAAGCGCGCUAUAACACAAAAUUUGCCAUAGUGACCUCUCCCAAAUCUGAAGAAGACACUGGUUCAUCACAGAAGAGUAUGGGAGAGGCCAAACGUAAAGUGUUUCAAGAGUCACCUAAAAGGAGAUCAAGAUCCAGAAGUAAUAAAAGGCAUCCAAUAAAGAGGACAAAGGAACCUAUGGAAGAAUUGGAAGUUCAGGAAGCACCUAGGAAAAGGCUCAGGAUGGAUAAAAAGGAUAAUCUGAAGAGGGAGACAAGCAAUGACAAAACAGAAAAAACAAACUCUACUAAGGUCACAGAAACGUCCUCUUCCCAAAAGAACCAGUCAGGUCUGUCAGAUGCAUGUAAACCACUGAAGAAGCGAAAUCGAGCUUCAGCUGCAGAAUCUUCACAUCUUGCUUAUAGCAAAAGUUCAUCUCCUUCAGCUUCCUUAACUGAGAAUGAGAUUUCAGAUGGUCAAGGGGAUGAGCGGCCAGAGUCUCCCUAUGAAAGUGCAGACGAGGUGCAAGCCGAACUGUCCCUGUUAUCCAAAAAGGUUGACCGAGGAGCUGCAGCAAGGAAGGAAUACGUUUGUCAGCUCUGUGAAAAGCCUGGAGACUUACUGUUGUGUGAAGGACGGUGUUAUGGUGCAUUCCACGCAAGUUGCACUGGGCUCCCUGUGAAGUCCUCAGGACGUUUUGUUUGUAGUGAAUGCUCUUCAGGUGUUCACAAGUGUUUUGUGUGUAAAGAGAAAAAAUCUGAAGUAAAGCGCUGCAUUGUAUCCCACUGUGGAAAAUUUUACCAUGAAACUUGUGUGAAAAAAUUCCGCCUUACAGUGUUCGAGAACAGAGGUUUUCGCUGUCCUCUCCAUAGCUGUGCAAACUGUCAUGUUACUAAUCCUUCAAAUCCCAAAGUAUUCAAAGGCAAAAUGAUACGUUGCAUUCGCUGCCCUGUUGCUUAUCAUGCUGGAGAUGGCUGCAUUGCUGCAGGAUGUGAAGUGAUCAAUUCUAGCAGCAUUGUUUGUACCAAUCAUUUCACCGCUACCAAAGGGAAAAGCCACCAUGCACAUGUGAAUGUAAGCUGGUGUUUUGUGUGCUCAAAAGGUGGAAGCCUUUUAUGCUGUGAGUCUUGUCCUGCAGCAUUUCACCCAGACUGUUUAAACAUCGAAAUGCCUGAUGGAAGCUGGUAUUGCAAUGACUGCAAAGCAGGGAAGAAAAUUCACUUCCAGGAUAUUAUUUGGGUCAAACUAGGAAAUUACAGGUGGUGGCCUGCAGAAGUCUGCCACCCGAAAAGCGUUCCCCCAAAUAUUCAGAAAAUGAAGCAUGAGGUUGGAGAGUUUCCUGUGUUCUUCUUUGGCUCUAAAGAUUAUUACUGGACGCAUCAGGCUCGCGUGUUUCCCUAUAUGGAAGGAGACCGAGGAAGUCGAUACCAGGGAAUUAAAGGAAUUGGAAAAGUCUUCAAGAAUGCUUUGCAAGAUGCCGAAGCACGUUUUCGAGAAAUUAAACUUCGGCGGGAAGCCAAAGAAACUCAAGAAAAUGAACGCAAACCUCCUCCUUACAAACACAUAAAGGUAAAUAAGGCUUUUGGGAAGGUUCAGAUUUACACAGCUGACAUUUCUGAGAUUCCCAAAUGCAACUGCAAACCCUCUGACGAAAAUCCCUGUGGUCUUGAUUCUGAGUGUCUGAAUCGGAUGUUGAUGUAUGAAUGUCACCCCCAAGUGUGCCCAGCUGGGGAGCGCUGCCAGAACCAGUGCUUUACCAAACGCCAGUACCCGGAGACAAAGAUCAUCAAGACUGAUGGCAAAGGAUGGGGCUUGGUGGCUAAGAGGGAUAUUAAAAAGGGUGAAUUUGUCAAUGAAUACGUUGGUGAAAUAAUUGACGAAGAAGAGUGCAGGGCAAGGAUCAAAUACGCUCAUGAAAAUGACAUCACACACUUCUAUAUGCUCACUAUUGAUAAGGAUCGCAUAAUUGAUGCUGGCCCAAAAGGAAACUAUUCCCGUUUUAUGAAUCACAGCUGUCAGCCAAACUGUGAAACUUUAAAAUGGACAGUACACGGUGACACCCGUGUGGGACUGUUUGCUGUGUGUGAUAUUCCUGCAGGGACUGAACUGACUUUUAAUUACAAUCUCGACUGCCUGGGCAAUGAAAAAACAGUAUGUAAAUGUGGUGCUCCAAACUGUAGUGGCUUCCUCGGGGACAGGCCAAAGAAUUCAUCCUCUAAUGCUUCAGAGGAGAAAGGAAAGAAGACCAAAAGAAGAGCAAGGAGACGUAGAACAAAGGGCGAAGCAAGGAAAAAAUCCGAGGAUUACUGUUUCCGCUGUAAUGAUGGGGGCCAGCUGGUGUUGUGUGACAGGAAAUCUUGCACCAAGGCAUACCACCUCUCUUGCCUGGGUCUGGUGAAACGCCCUUUUGGAAAAUGGGAAUGCCCUUGGCACCAUUGUGAUGUUUGUGGGAAGUCUUCCAUUUCCUUGUGCCACUUCUGCCCAAACUCUUUCUGCAAGGAUCAUUACGAUGAGAUGCUGCUUCGUUCUAACUUAAAUGGACAGUUGUUCUGCUCUGACCACACUGGAGAGAAUUUCACUGCAAAGACAAAGAGAGCCCCUAGAAAACUAACCAUGGUAAAGUCUAAGAAAAGACAAAGAAACAAAUGGAAGAGGACAGAGUAUAAAUAGCAUUGGGCCACAGUUUCCACUGCCAACACCGUCUUGUAGAUAAGUUGUGAAUAGGGUCAUGGAAGGACACACACGUUCUGCAAAAUCAUUUUUAAUCCACUGAGCCAGCCAUGGCAGGGCAUUCUGCUGCGUCUGCACUGAUCAUGAACUGUGGCGUGCCAAGGGCAAACACUUACAGGAAAAACCAGGUUACUUUUCAGCAAUAAUGGCAACACUUGAACUGUUAGGAGUGAAGCGAUUCUUUCCAGUAUUUUUUUUUUCGUUGGGAGAAUGUUUAUAUCCAACCAAUUAAGGUAUAUAUGAGUAGCUUUUGAAAUUGUAGCCACCACUCAGCCAAUGUUUAGUACUUGAGAUGGACAUGAUUUGCUUUUAAAUGUAGUGGUCUUGCCUGUGUUGUUAAGCAAAGUGCGUAUAAAUGCCAUCCUGUUCAGAGCUACACUUUCAAUUCGGUCUUUUUCAUAUUAUGGAUGUCCAAAUUGCAUUGCAUUUUUUAUUCUUUGUUUUUAUUAUAGUAACAGUUUACCAAGGAGCAAGAGUAUCAGGAAAAGGAGAUAUACCAUGUGAGCUCAUAAGUUCUGAAAGGAAGAACUCUAUAUUCUGUUGAAUUUCAAUUAAGUAAAAUUAUACAUGACCUAAGUCCACAUCUAAAUUGAUAUUAAAAUCCAUGUCCAAUUUUUAGAUCGUGUUUGCAUAAUAAAAGUCUUUUGAA